AUGGCUCUCCCCACUGCCGUAUCGUUCUUGGUUUCGACCACCUUCUGCGUUAUCACCUUCGCUGGAAUGCAGCUUUUCAAGGCUACACUUGCUGGCAGUGAAAUGAUGACGAUUGUUGGAGGACUUGUUGGAUCAGUAUUGUUCAUUUUGCUAUUGACUGGUGUUAGCAAUGCUGAGACACUAGUGUUCGGUCGUGGAUUUCAGACCAAGCUUCCUGAGGUUGCCGUGUGUCUGCUGAUGGCUGCUAUUGCUUCUGGAUUAGUUCAUCGUGUCAGCUUCACCACCUGCAUCUUGUUUUCAUUGGCCAACCUGUACUUCAUCAACCGAAUUUCCAGCUCUGUCUAUGGAGGUUCUCAAGCAACCAAGGGAGCUGCAGUCCCUGCCAGGAGAAAGAAGUAA